AUGACCUCGCCAAUUUCAGCUCCCCGUGUUACCAUAGCUCGACCCGCUCGCUCAAAUGGAGUACUCUCAAUCCCAGCAUCUGCCACGCAGAAAAGAAGUGGACCAGACUCAGAAGGAUUGAUGUCGAAGCCGGCGACCACGAGGCUAAAACUCAUCGUAAGACGGCUUCCACCAGGCUUGACACAGGCGGAAUUCGAAGAAGCUCUUGGGGAUGAUUGGAAAGUCAACGGAGGCAAGCUACUCAGUCCUGCCAAACCCUCGCGGCCCAGCCGUGCAUACCUGCACCUGACGAAGCAAGAUCAUCUAAAUUUACUCUCUGAGCAUGUCCGAAAUACCAACUUUAUUGAUGCGAAGGCUUCUUCCAAAGACCCUGCGUUACUUGGACCGCCAUCAGUCGAAUUUGCGCCCUAUGGUCGUGUCCCUAGCAGCAGGCCGCGCAAAGACGCUCGUCAAGGCACGAUCGAUCAAGACCCCGAGUUUAUGGAUUUCCUUCAAAGCUUGACCAAUCCUCCUGCAAAAGCUGUCCACACGGAUCAAGAGAAUGGCGGUGUAGGAAAAGUCAAGGACAAGGUCACCACAACCCCUCUAAUUCAAUUCCUCAAGGACAAGAAAGCCAAUAAGGGCAAAGAGAACGCUACGGCCCCGAAAGGCGCCAAACAUUCACGUCAAGACUCCAAAGAUAGCAAGUCCGCUGCGGUUGCAGAUUCCAAGAAUGCCACCGGCAAUGUUACGGCGUCUUCUCCGAAGAAGCGCAGCGCACAAGCUGUCAAAGUUGAACAGGCUGCUCGUGAUGCUGUUAAAGUGUUGAACAAACAAGCAGCAACUGCAAAGCAAGGAAACGUAUCCCCCAGCCCAUCGAAAACCGUUCCUGCUCCAACAAAUCCUGCUGUGACGCCGAACAGCACAGCCAAUGCUGCACUCGCCGACAAGAAGCGCGAACGUGGGAAUGCUAGUGCCGCAGCGAAAAUACUACAGCGAGAUCUGGGCUUAGGUGGACAUCCUGGUGGCCGAGGUGGAAGACGAGGUCUCCUCGGUAAUGUAGUGAACAGACCUACGCCUGGGAAUGCUUCGCCUGCUGCAAAGGCUCCAGGAACUACACAAACCACACAGCCAGCCAUUUCUACGACUGGAAAUUCUGCAGCGACAUCUACGGAUGCAAUCGAUGUUUCGGUUGCUCCUGUUCCAGAUGCAGUGCCACCGCCAGCCCGCAAUCUGCCACCUUCAGGGCCAGCGGCUUCAAGAGGCCCAACCAAGGCUUCUGCAUCUAUGCGCGCCACUCCUUCAGGAACCGGUCCAGCCUUCUCAAAGCCCACAGCGCCUCCCUCGACCGCUACACAAGCAUUCCUCAAGCAUGCAAACCCGUCUCAAGGGAUUACUGAACCUUUGCUAGAUGAAGCAUUCGCAGUCUUUGGCGCAAUCAAUAAGGUGGAGAUAGACAAAAAGAAAGGCUUUGCAUACGUGGACUUUGUAGAACCCGAAAGCUUGCAGAAAGCCGUCAAGGCAAGUCCAAUCAAGGUGGCCCAAGGUCAAGUGGUGGUGCUUGAGCGGAAGACUGGCCCUACAUUGCAAGCUAGGAAUGUGAGGGGAGGUGGGCCGAUGCUGGGGAAUCGUGGAGGAGGGAUACCGGUAGGAAAUAGAGGGGGAGGGAUGCCAGUGGGUAACCGAGGCGGAUCUAUGAGGGGGAGAGGCGGAUUUGGCAGAGGAGGGAAUAAUUUCCCAAACGCCAACAACGCGAAAGGCACGAACGCAACAGCAACGACAGCAACGACAGCUUCAACUCCUGCAUCCAACGCUUCGACGACGUCGGCAGCGCAACCAGCAACCGAAAGCGCUUCCUCCCAUCCGGCGGCUCAAUCAUCUGAUGCAAGCACAACUUCUUAG